UCUCAACCACGACCAAUUGCACCGAGCCCGCAGUUUAAGCCGUUUCAGAUGAGUAACCUAUUAAAGUUGGGCUUUCUUGGUGGAGGAAAAAUGGCACAAGCUAUGGCUAGUGGGUUUUUAUCAGCAGGUCUGACGAGAGGAGAAAACAUGACGGCAAGUUUCCAUCCAUCAGAUACAGCCAACAUAGCGGCGUUUAAGACAUUAGGAGCUGAAACGUAUGUGGAAAAUUUGCCGGUUGUGAAAAAGUCGGAGAUCAUAUUCGUUUCUGUCAAACCCUCGGUAGUUUCAGGCGUACUGGACACAGUGCGUCCCGCCAGUUCCGGUAAACUAUUCAUAUCGAUCGCGAUGGGUGUUACGUUGAGUGAACUGGAAAAUUCACUGGCAUCCGAUGCCCGUGUGAUUCGUGUUAUGCCAAACACCCCAGCGUUGGUUCGCGCUGGAGCCUCCGUUUUUGUUCGAGGAUCUGCAGCUACCGAAGAUGAUUGCCGAGUGACGCAGGAUUUGUUUAAGGCCGUGGGUACAUGUGAAGAGGUCACGGAAGCAAUGAUGGAUCCCAUAACAGCUCUUUCCGGAAGUGGUCCGGCAUACGUAUUUGUGAUGAUCGAAGCACUAGCAGACGGGGCAGUGCGCAUGGGGUUACCCCGUGAUUUGGCUUAUCGAUUAGCAUCACAAACAGUCCUGGGAUCAGGCAAGCUAGUCCGCGAGACUGGUCGCCACCCAGGACAGCUGAAGGAUGAUGUUACCAGCCCAGCCGGGUCAACUGCAGCCGGACUUUGUUAUUUAGAACAGAACGCUUUUAGAAAUGCUGUUAGUGGAGCAGUAGAAUCGGCCACUGUAAGAUGUCGUCAAAUUUCUAGCAAAUAACGUUCACCGUUCAUCACCUCCAAGGCGAGCGACAAACACUUUUCGAUAUACUUACCUAUCUUACAAUCGGAGGAUAACAAUCGUCAUCUCAUAAAAUCCCCAAUGUUCGCUCCCCCAAUGUUACUUCCUCUAUAUCCGUUAAGCUAGUAAGCUAAGCAAGUAAGCUUGCAUGUUAGUACUAAUUUCCCCCAGAACGCAUUAAUUAUAAAACAAUUGCUGGCUGUGUGAAGGAAGAGAUUCCACUUUGCUUACCCUAACGCGAAACCAAAUUUUCCGUCAUCACAUCAUUGAGCCCGUCACCCUUUCCCAUAAUUCAUUAUUCAUUGUCGCGAUUGUCACCUUCACCCACGAGAGGGCGCUAAUAAUGCAUCACUGAUGUUUGUUUUCUAAAUAAAAGUCUCGGCGUGAAAAUCUUCCGACGUUGAUGCCUCGGCUUUCCGGUCGGCUAAAAAGGCACGCGCUAUCAACCGAAAAUCAUCUCCUUCUCGCAACCAAACCGUGUAGAAGAAUGAUAAAUUUGCUUCUCCCCCAUGCUUUUGAUUUGCUUUUAUUUUUGUUUUACUUUCCAUGUCACCUUCGCACGUAGCGAGGGCCCUAUCUCUUCUCUGUGGAAAGAAGAUGUUUGACUGCAAGUUCUGAAUGGUUUCUAUUACCGCCAUUGACUGACAAGCUAUAACGACGGCAGGGUUGCAGUGUGAAAGAAUUAAAGAACCCGAAAGCGGGAGUUCCUAAAUUACGGAAGCGCCUUCGUGCACUACGUGCAUUUCACAGUCACAGCAUUCCCUGCUGUCGUUAGAGGUAUCAGCCGACGGCCGCCCUCGUAUGACACACCAAAAUGCGACGAUGGAAGAACCACAGUGGCAAGGCCAGUCAAAGAUAUGUGGCACACAUCUAAUUUACGAUAUGGAUACCGCAUGGAAAUCGUCUGAUCGUAGUAAAUUAGUGGGAUCUCCGCUACUUCUACUUCUAGUUUCCCUGAAAACGGCAGUCAUGCGGAUGCCGACACCAAUCAUAGUCAUGCUAGACCGUGACAGGUUAUUGCGGCGUUGUUUAAAUCUUACCAAGCCACAAUGUCAAGCACGGCCCGAACUGGCGUUAGCUCCACCAGCCCAGGGAAAUAUUUACUGCCUAAUUUGUGUGACAUUGAUGGCGUAAUGGCUUAGUGACAAAAAGAGUUAAUACCAACACACUAGUUUAGGGACCGAGCGACAUCGAACGGAUAACAAUUGGCACUUUAGUAGCGAACGUAUUAAAUUUGCACCAUUUUUUCCCUUUUUCCGUUUUUUGCAUUACUGGGCAAAUGAUAAAAACGAGAAAUAGUUUUGCUGGUAGUCACGCAUGCAAAAGUUACAUGCGCUGUUUUUCUGAGCAUUUGGCAUUGCCUAUUUCUCUUUUCAUCCGGCUAAAACGGCGGAGCGGUCUUGAUCUGCAUCAGAGACAAUAUAAAUCUCUGUUGCUUUCUGCAACAUUGCGUUUUCACCGACUGAGUUGUUGGCCCCGCAUUUUUAAAGCACAAUGUACAUUGAGUACAUUUUACAUGGUACAUCAUUUUGUACAUUGAGGUUAUCAUUGAAAUAACAGGAUCAAUGCUAUCACUACCAAUGGGUCAAUUGACCUCAAGUACACAAGUACAUAAAAAUUACAAGCUUUCACGAUCUAGUUUUUCACGGACACGUUUCCUAAUGACUUGUCCAACAAUUUCAUCCUGAUAUUGGCAUUAAAGAUACAUAAUGUUUAAUCACAGCACCGUUAAUCAAUAAUCAAAUAGUUUGUCAAUUGUAGUCAUUUAAUGAAAAAACCUGAUGCUUUUUGUUAAACUAUGUCUUCUUCAAAUCCAUAACACAUACCUGCAGCUUUACUAAAUUGGGAUGUUCAUUUGAGAGUUUGGCCAGCGCUUGAAAAUCCGAUUUGGCAGCGGCGAUUAACCAUUCCUUGGCCUUUGGAUGCUGGAGCUACGAGAACAGUACACAUUAAACUAAUAGUAGGAAGGUUGAAGCGGAAAUACUUGAAUGUCUCUACCUACCACAUUUUCGGAAUUCAUUAUCUCAUCUGAAGCCUGAAACGGAAAAUAAAUGGUACAUAAUAUUUAGUCACAUCACUAAGUAUUUCGAAUUCAACAACAUGUAAUAAACAGAACUCCAAUAAAUGAGUUUAACUUGUAAAAACA